AAAAAAAAUCAGAAAUGAGAUUAUCUUUACCCAUGCAACCAAACAACCCAAAAUACCAAUUCCCUUCGACGGUCUUCCACUUUACAUUUCAUUCCAAACACCUCCCCCAAAUGAAACCCCUCUUCUCUCAACACAAACACACCUCUGCAUCAUCGUUAAUGGCGGAUUAGGUUAACGUACAGCUCAAUCUUCCUCAAUUUUCUCUCUCCCCCAAUUUGAAGCGCCAAAAUUCGGACUCUCUCGCUUGAAAACCGAAAAGGAAAAUUAGUAAAACAUCAGGCUCGUUCGCCCAAUCGAUUAAUCGGCGAUUAUUUGAACGGAUUUUUUUGAGAAUUGUUUUCCGAUUUAUUGGGGCUAAUUUUGAGAAGAAAGGAUGAGCAGCGGGCAUAAGAAGAGGAAUUUUCAGAUUGAGGCGUUUAAACACAAAGUGGUGGUGGAUCCCAAGUAUGCAGAGAAGACUUGGAAGAUUUUAGAUCAUGCAAUUCACGAGAUCUAUAAUCACAACGCGAGUGGACUCAGCUUUGAAGAACUAUACAGAAAUGCUUACAAUAUGGUAUUACACAAAUUUGGGGAGAAGCUAUAUUCGGGACUUGUGUCAACAAUGACGUUGCAUCUUCAAACAAUGUCUAAAAGUAUAGAGUCUGCACACGGUGGCUUAUUCCUCGAGGAGCUUAAUACGAAAUGGAGCGAUCACAAUAAAGCACUGCAGAUGAUCCGUGAUAUACUUAUGUACAUGGACAGAACUUUCAUUCCCAGCACCCACAAAACCCCCGUCCACGAGCUUGGUCUGAACCUCUGGAGAGACAACGUAAUUCACUCCGACAAAAUUCAGACAAGGCUUCUAAACACGCUUCUUGAAUUGAUACUUAGGGAGCGCAUGGGUGAAGUUAUCAACAGAGGGUUGAUGAGAAACAUAAUCAAAAUGCUUAUGGAUUUAGGACCUUCGGUUUACCAAGACGAUUUUGAGAAGCCAUUUCUUGAAGUUUCGGCUGAUUUUUAUAGAGCAGAAUCUCAGGAAUUCAUCGAAUGUAGUGACUGUGGCGACUACUUGAAGAAAGCCGAAAGGAGACUGAAUGAAGAAAUAGAGAGGGUAUCGCACUACUUGGAUGCAAAGAGCGAAGCCAAGAUAACUAACGUCGUGGAGAAAGAGAUGGUAGCCAAUCACAUGCUUAGGCUAGUUCACAUGGAUAAUUCAGGAUUGGUGAAGAUGCUUCUAGAUGAUAAGUUGGAAGAUUUGGGGAGGAUGUACACCUUAUUCAAACGAGUUCCUAUUGGCCUUCCUACAAUUCGAGAUGUGUUGACUUCCCACAUCAGAAACACAGGCAAACAGCUCGUCACUGAUCCAGAGAAAUCCAAGAAUCCCGUAGAGUUUGUGGAGGCACUGCUCGAUAAAAAGGACAAGUACGAUAAGAUUAUAGCCUCGUCAUUCAGCAACGACAAGACCUUCCAGAAUGCAUUGAGUUCGUCUUUCGAAUAUUUCAUCAAUUUGAAUCCUCGUUCGCCGGAGUACAUAUCUUUGUUCGUGGAUGAUAAACUGAGGAAAGGGUUAAAGGGUGUGAAAGAAGAGGACAUCGAAAUUAUGCUCGAUAAAGUAAUGAUGUUGUUCCGUUACCUCCAGGAGAAAGACGUGUUCGAGAAAUACUACAAACAACAUUUGGCAAAACGGCUCCUGUCUGGAAAAACAGUGUCAGAUGAUGCAGAGAGAAGUUUAAUUGUGAAACUGAAAACAGAAUGCGGUUAUCAGUUCACUUCGAAGUUAGAAGGCAUGUUUACAGACAUGAAAACCUCUCAGGACACAAUGCAAGGGUUCUACUCAGCACAUGGUGGUGACCUGGCAAGUGGGCCCACCCUAGUUGUCCAGGUUUUGACCACCGGCUCGUGGCCAACUCAAUCUAGCAUCUCCUGCAAUUUGCCUUCCGAAUUGUUAACACUGUGUGAGAAGUUUCGAUCUUACUACCUCGGUACCCACACAGGUAGAAGAUUAUCAUGGCAGACGAAUAUGGGUACAGCUGAUCUUAGGGCAACCUUUGGCAAUGGUCAGAAAUACGAGCUGAAUGUCUCGACUUAUCAAAUGUGUGUCUUAAUGCUGUUCAACAACUCUGAUUGUCUUAGCUAUAGGGAAAUCGAGCAAGCCACUGAGAUUAUAUCGUCUGAUUUAAAAAGGUGUCUCCAGUCAUUGGCUUGUGUGAAGGGGAAAAACGUGUUGCGAAAAGAGCCCAUGAGCAAAGAGAUUGGAGAAGAUGAUGUUUUUUCGGUUAAUGAUAAGUUUACUAGUAAACUUCGUAAGGUUAAAAUCGGAACUGUGGUUGCACAGAAGGAAUCCGAGCCGGAGAAACAAGAGACGAGGCAGAGAGUGGAGGAGGAUAGAAAGCCACAGAUUGAGGCAGCGGUGGUUAGGAUUAUGAAAUCGAGGAGGGUUUUGGAUCAUAAUAAUAUUAUUGCUGAAGUUACGAAGCAACUGCAACCUCGGUUUCUGGCUAACCCGAGUGAGAUUAAGAAACGGAUUGAGUCACUUAUUGAAAGGGAUUUCUUGGAGAGGGAUAAUGUGGAUAGACGAUUGUAUCGGUAUUUGGCUUGAGCAAAAAAAAAUCAAAUUUCCAGGGGAUUACUUGGUCUUUUUUUUUUUUUUUUUUUGAAGCAAUUACUUGGUUUGUUAUGUUAGCGGAAAUGUAAGUUAUCGACUAUUGCAGACGUUGAAUUUCAUUUCCGCGUAAUGCAUUUGAUUUCGAUGAACGUUCGUCUGUUA